AUGGAUGCAGGCACAGGGGCUUUAACAUCAAAAGUUCGUUUAAGACAACACCUAUUAGACGGAGAACAAGACAUUGAUACACUAAGUGAAUCCUUACAACAACAUCAAUAUCAACAACAACAACAGAAUCCCAAAUACAACCGAUUUCAGCCGGCUUAUAUACAACAACAACAUCAGCAAUUUAUGAAUGUUCCAGGCGCAGUAUCCCACACAAAUCUGAUAACUUCGGCAUCAACCACAAAUUACGAUAUAAUGACACCUUUGCCUGCCACAGGAUCACCGUUCACUUCCAAUAGUAACCCAAGCUAUACAAACAUCAAUACGAACUCUUCAAGAAAAUCGUCCAUGACUUCCCAAACUGCAGCAGGAGUAAAUCGAUUCUUUCGAAGAAACAAAGGUGCGGACUUGAAUUUCAAUGAAGAUUCAGGGGCAGACAUUAUGGAUCUUACCAACGGAAGCAGUGUAUCCUUUGAGGAUAUCACUCAUAUGAGGAACAGGGGCCCCUACGCCAUGAGCUCUCAUAAGGCCCUUGAUACUGCACCAAUAAUUCCUACAUUGGGAGGUGGCGGAGCACUAGGUGGAAUAGGACCAGCUUCUGGCUCAAAAGUUAACAAUGUCCAAUAUAGGAAACAAAUGAACCAACAGAAGAAACUAGCGAUGAUCAACGGUGCCAGGGCAAAUUCGUUGGCAACAGGUAAUCCCAUGAUGAUGCAACAGUCUCAGUAUAUGGGUGGCGGGCCCAAUGACCCACGAACAAUGUCAAUGGUGAACUCCAACCCGAGAACGAUGUCAUUAAAUUCCCAAGGACCAAGAACUAUGUCCAUGAGAUCAGGCCCAUUCCCACAAAGGGUACCUUACAACCCACAACUACAACAACAACAACAACAACAAGCAUAUGGACCAGGAGGGGCAGGACCCAGAGCACAAUCUUUAAGAACUGGCCCAUAUCCUCCACAACAAGUACCCAUGGGUAAUGGUGUGCCACCAAAUGGCCCAAGAACCAUGUCAUUGAUGAACGGUGGAAUGCCAAAUAACGGUCCAAGAAGCAUGUCUUUAAUGAAUGGUGGCAUGCCUCAAAGCUAUCCUAGAACUAAGUCCUUGGGAACGCUGGGCCCACCAUUAGGAUAUCAGGGACCACCAUUAAGAAGUCAGAAUCUAGUUCCUGCCAAUCCUCCGCAACAGCAGUAUCAACCACCACCACAACAACAACAACAAAUGGACCGAGCAUAUGGGGCGCCUCCGCAAGAACAGCAAUAUUCGCAACCAAUUCAGCAGGCAUACGGUCCGGGUCAACAGCCAUUUAUACCUAGAAAUGCUCCACAAUUACAACAACAACAAUAUAAUCAAUGGCAAAAUUUACCACCGCAACCACAAAAGUUAUCUCAAAAUUCAAGUGAUUCCCUUCAAGAAGCAAUUGUUGAAGAAGAAGAAGAAGAACCACAACAGCUACAGCCUAAUAAUUAUAAUGCAGAUCCUAUUUCCAAAGACAAAUCUGAAACGCGUAAUGAAGAGAAUAUAAUUUACAAUUUUGAGAAUGAAGAUCCAAAUGCUGCCUUGUCUCGUAAGUCAACAUUAAAGAAGAAUAAUUCCAUGAGAGUUCGUAAAUUGAACUUAUUCAAUGAUGAAAAACCACAAACUGGCAAGAAAACUCUCUCCAGAAAGAAGCCACCUGUUAGUCCUGCCGAUGCCAAUUUUGCCCCUGUGAGCUCUAACGACAGUGUACAGAAUUCGGUAAAGGACCUACCUAGAAUACCAGAUACUUCAAACGAAGCAUUGCCACAAAAAUCUCCAAUCCCAGAUUAUGAAGAACAAGAAGAGGAGGAGGAGGAUCUUAACGAACUACCCGGUUCACCCACUUUUAAUGUUGUUGCUCCUCCUACUAGAGAGUCUUACCUUGAUGACGAAGAUACCAAUCCUAGUAACGAUGGAUAUAAAGCGUUAGGUGCAAACGCAAGAGCCUCUACACACGAUGUAUUUGUUACUGCGUUGGAUUUCAACUCUCCUCAAAAGAGUAACAAAUCCAUGAAAAUAGGCUCACCUCAUCCAUCCCCACAGAAGUCUCGCAUACUGGGCAAUUCUGAUUUUCCAUCGCCUAAUGUUGAAAAAGAUCAAAGUGACGAACAAUCCACAUUGCAAGAAGAUUCUGCAGGUGCUGAUACAUCGGCUGAAGACACAACCCCUAAGACGUCUCCACCACUCAAUAAUCCAUCAAUUAAUCGCAACAUCCUGGAUUCUAAUCUGAAAUUUCGAAAUAUUGUGGCAAAUACUGUUUUCAGUAAAUUUAGAUCCCCGUCAGCUGAGGCAACACCAAAAUUUUCUAGUCCAGUUAUUCCUAACCGAUUUGCUGAUGGUGAUGAACAGCAAAGAUCGGAAUCGUCUUCUGUUUAUGAGAGCAAUACUCCUAGAAAAAUGCUGAAGUAUGAUUUGAACAAUUCGGACACAGACGAUAGUGAAGUAAGAAGAAGAGAUCAAAAUGGGGUUUUCGAACAAAGCACAAAUGGCGAGACCACGCCGCCAACUUCAUCGACAUCUAAUAUUUCACAUAAAGUGGGUGAAAAGUAUAUGUACAUGGGUGAAGAACACGAAGGGAACAACGCCAGUAGUCUUGAUCAAUUUGGGUCUCUGUUGGAACCUUCACAGCAAGAAGAGAAACAAAAGGGAGGAGUUAAUACCCAUUCCAGCAGGAGAAAUUCAUAUGAUAGUAGUUUCUAUCAAAAUUUCAGCGAACCCAUUCAUGAUAUACCUGAAGAACAAAGAAGAUCUCAAGACAAAACCCCUGAUUUCACCCAAUUUAACACGGAUAAACAUGAAAAUAUUGAGUUGGAACGGGAUUCGGUGCCGAAAUCAAUUCUGGCGCGUCGUUCCUCUAGUGGAGAAUCGAUAAAGAUGCUAUUAUCGUCUCAUGGUAGUGUCACUAAAUUAUCGUCAGCAACACCAGCAUCUGGACAAACUGUGAAUAAGCGUUCAUCAUUUUCACUUAAUGGUACAAAGAAUAUCUUCAAAAGAUUUUCGAAAUCGAGCAAAAGAACGAGUUCUAUAGAUGAAGGUGAUUCAACAAUGAACCCUAUUUCGUCAAGAAAUUCUUCAAUGACACAAACUUCAAAGCAGCCUUUGUUUAGCAGACGAGUAUCAUCUUCUGGGAAUAUGAGUUUAUCGGAUCCAUCUGUGGCCAAGGCUGCAGCUAGCCAAAAACAACCGUUGACAUUUACUAAAGAAGAAAUGAGUAUCAUGAAUUGUAAUAAUGACUUGUUGAAUGAAUUGGAGUUGGUCACUACAGAGUUGGCCUCAUCAAUUAAACGAGAAUUAGCAUUAGAAAGUAAAUUGAGAAGCAGUCCGCAACAGCAACAGAAUUCUCCUAAAUUAGAUGAAGAAUUGAAAUCUGAACUCACUGAAAAAUCUCGGGUUAUUGCUGAUUUACAAGAAAAAUUGAGCAAAGAAAGAAGAUUGAGAUUUAUUAGUGAAGAACAUGCCUUGUUGGGUGAACAUGGACAAGCACCUUCAGCUUUGAAGUUAAAUUAUGAAAAAACUGAAUUAUACAAGCAAUUGUUAAUUAAAAAUGAUUUAGUUCAUCAGUUAGAGGAUAAAUUAUCUGAAUAUGAGAAAAGAAAUAGUGGAUUAUUACAACAUGAAAGGCCUUCACAUGAUAUUGAUUUACUUGAAAAAUACAAUGAGUUGUUGAAAGAAAACACUAAUUUGAAAGUACAUGUCGUUCCUGAUUUAGAAAGAAAAUUGGCAGAGAAAAGUCAAGUUGAUGAUUAUGAUGAAUCACAAUUAGAAAUUCAAACGUUAAAGAUGCAACGAGAUGAAUUAAGGGAAGUUAUCAAUAAGUUGACAUCACUGAAUAAUGCAGAAUUGAAACUUGCUCAAGAAAAAAUCAAACAUUUACAGUCUAAAUUAGAUGAUAUGAAACAAAUAAAUGAUAGAUUAACGAACAGAAAUGUGAAUGAUGGUAAAAAAGGUGGUAAAUUGAAUGGAUUUAGUAUUGUGAGUCCAACCAAAAAGCUAUUUGAUGAUUAA